AUCGCAUUCGAGUCGUCGCAUCCGAACGACGUGCAACUUACUUCUCAAUACCUAGUAUCUGCAGGAUCACGGACAGGACAGCAACGCUGCUAGAUAUUCAACGGUCUCCUCUAUACAAUGUCCAGCCAGUUCGCAGUGUCCGACGUCCCCGCCGAUGCGAUAUCCGCGCUGAGGUUUUCACCACACUCAAAUUCGUUGCGGUUUGCCGUCUCGUCGUGGGACAGGAAUGUGUAUUUGUACGAACUGUCUGAAGGCAAGGUGUGCACACAACUAGCAAAAUUUGAGCAUCGAGCGCCAGUGCUGGACGUGUGCUUUGGGAAAGACGACAAUGAGAUCUACACCGCAUGCCUAGAUUGGGAUGUUCGACGAAUCGAUGUGGCUACGGCAACUCAAACGGUAUUAAGCACGCACGACAACGGCGUGCGAUCGGUCGUCUACAGCAAGGAACAUUCGCUGGUCAUCUCGGCAGCAUGGGACUCGACGAUUCACAUCCAUCCGGGCGGCGACGGAGCCGAGUGGUCGACGGCGACGAUCAAUCUACCUUUCAAGCCCUUUUCGCUCGCGGUGUCGCCUUCGAAGCUCGUUGUCGCAAUGGCCAACCGUGCCCUACACAUCUACGAGUUGAAGACGCUGGCAAGCGAAUGCAAGAGCUCGACCAACUCGCUGCAGAAUAGACUGGACAUUGAACCCUGGCAGCGGCGGGAGAGUAGUCUCAAGUUCAUGACGAGGGCGGUGGACUGUAUGCCCAACGACGAGGGCUAUGCGUCGUCCAGCAUUGAGGGCCGUGUCGCGGUCGAAUGGUUCGAUCCGUCCAACGAGUCGCAGGCGCGCAAAUACGCUUUCAAAUGCCAUCGCCAGCCCGUGGACGAUGUCGAUGUCGUUUAUCCUGUCAACGCGCUUGCAUUUCAUCCUAUUCACGGCACUUUCGCCACCGGCGGUGGAGACGGAGUCGUGGCCAUCUGGGACGCCAUUGCGAAACGAAGAAUCCGCAUCUACCCUAAGUUGCCGUCGAGUGUCGCGGCCGUUUCGUUCAGCUCGAAUGGGAAAUACCUCGCCACUGCAAUCAGCCCGGGAUUCGAGGACGGGAAGGACGAAAUCACAGAGGGUACGGUCGGGAUCUACAUUCGUGAACUGGGCGAGAACGAAGUCAAGAGAAAGGCAAAGUGAAAAGCCAACGUAUUCGCCAAAAAAAAUCAAAAAAGGUCUAUUCAAUCCGAGGGUACGACCAUGUCUAACAAUUGCCAGCCGGAGCAGCCUCUGCUUCAGCCGAGUGCACCGGGAUCAACGGAGGGUAUCUGGCGACAAUGGAGUGGCGCUUCUCUCGGGCUCGUCGCAGGGCCACAGUGCCGUCAGCCAUGCCGAAGUAGCACGCAACGGGUCGCUGGCCUCCAACGACUCCCGCCCUCAAGGCCUCGGGCCCGGUUGGUCCGCAGAAAAGACCAACAGCAAGUACACCGUUGAUAUCCUUGAUGGCCCUGGCGAGCUGUUCCACCUCCCAGUAGCCGCCUUCGCCGUUGCCGAGUUUGGUUUCUGUCAGAUCGUCGGCUAUCAGAAGCGGGUGUGGGAAUGGCGCAUCCACAAUGAAGAAGUCCUGGUCGGUCUUGACUGGACCUGCUUUGAGCAUGUGUCCUUCGCGGAUCUUGGGGCCUAUGCCGGUGGGACUUCGGCUUCCUAGCAUCCGCAGUCGUUUCAUCACUUGCCGGGCAGCCUUGGGCUCGACUUCUAUAGGCACGGUCGGCCACUUUGUGACCAGACGCGGUUGGAGUUUUCGAUAGUCUGUCUCACAGUGUUAGCAAAGGAACCCCUUCCCUUUUUCGCCGGUACAGUCAAGAGAACAUACCGGCAACACAAAUGAAUUGCUUUGCGCGCAUAGCCACAAGUUUUUCUUGGUAGAGGCAAGCGCCCCCUCCUUUGAUGCAGUUCAGUUCUUCGUCCACUUCGUCUGCGCCGUCAAAGGCAAUAUCAAUCAUCGCAUCGUCCGGAAGUGCAUCAAACUCGAUGGGAACCAAGCCAGCAGUUAUGAUCAGUUGCUUUGACUGGUAACCCGUCGGCACAAAUCCCACUCUAGAAAGGUCCGUCCCCAAGUUCUUGAUCGCUUCAACCACGUAGACAAUGGUCGUUCCCGAACCGAUACCCACGAAGCGAGGGUUCUCGGGGAAAUGGUUUCGCACAGCUUCGAUGGCCGCCGCUUGUUUCGCAGCUUCGAUUUCGGCCAUUUUGUCGGCAAGCACGGCGCUCGACUGGAAGUGCCUUUUAGGUAGAGGUGAAGUUUGCGCGGUCCUGAAUAAUAGAGGACUACGUCGCACAGGCUGGGAUAUAUGUGAAGGGGCGCGGCUCAAUCUAACUUUGAAGAAUUGUUAGCUGCGGGUGUGGCAUGACGAGAAGCAUGGGCGGGCGUCCGGAGACUCACAUGCACAGCCUAGAGUGGACCUUAGAUUCAUGUAUAGCCGCAGAUAAAACGACAAGCAACCUACAUACGUGAAAUCCCA